AUGAAUCCGAUAUCCGAGUCUAAAGACAAAGGAUCGCUUGAAGUUGAUAAGAGAACUGAUAGUAGUUCUGAAAUGGAUCAAGCUCUUUCCAACUUGUCUACCAAUCCAAACGUAGUCCUGCAGACAUUUAAAGUUGUAAUUAGAGGCAACGGGAAAAAACGUGUAGCAAGAGCUAUUAUCGAUACUGGUUCACAGCGGUCAUAUUUACUACGAGCUACAGCUGAAGAAAUGAGCUAUGAGCCUACCAGCUGUGAAUAUUUGCAGCACUCCCUAUUUGGUGGCAAGCAUACUGGGGAGUUAGCUGCUUAUAAUGUAAAUAUUGUGGAUAAUUGUGAAGAUCCUAUUGAAAUCCUUAUCGGAGCUGAUGUAGCUGGGAAGCUCAUGACAGGAGGUUAUCGUGAAAUGUCUUGUGGACUCGUAGCGAUUGAAACAAAACUUGGGUGGUCUGUAAUGGGACGAAUAACUGAUACUGCGAGAAGUGAAUGUUCAUCUUUAUUAGUUCAGUCCAUGUUAUCUACAGCAGAGACAAUAACAGACUUAUGGCCCUUGGAUACUCUUGGCAUAACUGACCCAUCUGUGAAGAAAAGCCACAUCGAGUUGCAAGAAGCUGCUCGAAUGCAUUUUCUAAAUACAGUUCAUUUGGUAGAUGAUCGUUUUGAAGUAGAUUUGCCUUGGUUGGAAGAUCAUCCACCACUCCCAGAUUAUUUUGAUUUAGCAAAGGGAAGACUGAACAAGACUGGAGUAAUUGAGGAAGUUGCCAAAAAUGAUCAGGCUUCAGUACAUUAUCUGCCUCAUCGAGCAGUUAUCAAGGAGAAUAGCACUACAAAAAUCCGGCCUGUCUUUGACGCUUCGGCCAAGGCAAAGGGAUUUCCUAGUCUUAAUGAUUGUCUUGAGAAGGGGCCGAAUCUAAUAGAGCAGAUUCCGAGUAUUUUAACCCGAUUUCGAAAAGAGAAGAUCGGUGUUAUUGCUGACAUCCGAAAAGCCUUUCUACAAAUUGGUGUUUCACCCACGGAUAGAGAUUACUUGAGGUUUUUAUGGAUUGGUAAUGAUGGUCAGCUGAAAGAGUACAGACAUUGCCGUGUAGUUUUUGGUGUAUCGAGUAGCCCUUUUCUUCUAAAUUCUACUAUUCAGCUUCAUUUACAAACUGUUUUGGAAAAAAUAGGAACUGGAGAAUCUUCGUAUCCAAAAGAUGUCAUUCAAAAACUUGCGCAUAGUUUUUAUGUCGACAAUUGUGUUAGUUGCGUUAAAAAUGAAAAAGAACUACGUCGUUUUAUUAACGUUUCGACUGAGGUAAUGGCCGAGAAAAAAUUCGAGCUUAGAGGGUGGGAGUUCAGUGAUGUCAAUGCUGAUACUUCUACCGAUACAAAUGUGCUCGGCCUGGUAUGGAAUAAAAAAUCUGACACUCUACGAAUUAAUACUGCAAGUGUAAAAGAAUUAUGCUUUGAAAAAGUAACUAAAUAUUUUGGUUCAGAGAUUGCAAGUGGAGAUAUUUCAGUACAUAUUUUCUGUGAUGCUAGUAAGCAUGCUUAUGCUGUCGCUGCUUUCAUCCGAAUACAGACUUGUGAUUCAGUUAAAGUACAACUUAUACAAGCCAGGAGUAGAGUUUCACCAACAGGAAAGGAAGGGAUUACUAUCUCUAGACUUGAGUUACUUGCAGCUACUGUCUCAGCAAGACUUUCAACUUCUAUUUUGUCAGAGAUACAGAGUGAAGAAGUUUACUUCUGGACUGAUUCUUCGACUGUCUUGACAUGGAUUAUGAGAGAAGAAGCCUGGAAUGUCUUUGUCCAGAAUAGAGUGAAGGAAAUUAGAGCGUUAACAAAUAAAAGUUCUUGGAGACAUAUCCCUGGUUCCAUGAAUCCUGCUGAUCUCCCGAGUAGAGGUUGUUCAGCUCAAACUUUCUUGAAAUCUAACUGGUGGUUAGGACCAAGUUGGCUUUACUUGCCUAAAGAGGAUUGGCCAAAAGGAAAUCUAAGCUUAAAUGAAAGCGAGAUUGUUCGGGAAAAGAAAAAGACCAUAGUUUCAUCUGUGACAAGAAGUUUGAUUUCUACAAGUUUUGUUCCUAAGGAAGUCAAACCGUGA